AAAGCACAUAGACAGAGAUACACAUAACAAUCAUAAAUAGGAAACAACAAAUUGUUCACACUCAGCAAUCAAGUAAAGUGCUAGGUCUAUUUAAAAUCUUCAAUCAGUUAAAGUGUAAAUCUCCUGGAACCUGUCAAGAACAUAUCUGGCUAAUUAUGGUUAUGACAACUUGUGGCAAAAAAUAUGCUUAAAGGGGUCCAUCCAUCCAUUUUCUACCGCUUAUCCGGGGCCGGGUCGCGGGGGAAACAGUCUAAGCAGGGAUGCCCAGACUUCCCUCUCCCUAGACACUUCCUCCAGCUCUUCCGGGGGGACACCGAGGCGUUCCCAGGCCAGCCGGGAGACAUAGUCCCUCCAGCGUGUCCUAGGUCUUCCCCGGGGUCUCCUCCCGGUGAAGGCGUCCAGGGGGCAUCCGGAAAAGAUGCCCGAGCCACCUCAGCUGGCCCCUCUCGAUGUGGAGGAGCAGCGGAUCUACUCUGAGCUCCUCCCGAGUGACCGAGCUUCUCACCCUAUCUCUAAGGGAUCGCCCAGCCACCCUGCGGAGAAAGCUCAUUUAGGCCGCCUGUAUCCGGGAUCUUGUACUUUCGGUCAUGACCCACAGCUCAUUCAAUUCAAGUUUAUUUAUAUAGCGCUUUUCACAAUGUGUAUUGUUUCAAAGCAGCUUUACAGGGGCAAACAGGAAAAACAGAAAAGUUAAAACACAGCACAGUGCAUGGUAUUUAUACAACGAGUAAGUUCAUUCUAAUAAAUAACAUCUAAUUUCUAAAUAAAUAAAUGAAUGAAUGCAGUCUCCCGGUGAGCAGGCCAACACUGCCCUGCUGUGGCGAGGAACCCAAACUCCAAUGAUUGAUUAAUGGAGAAAAAAACCUCGGGAGAAACCAGGCUCAACCGGGAGGGCCAGAUCCCCUCUGACGUGUCAUAGCUGCACUCAUAGCUCAUGACCAUAGGUGAGAGUGGGAACGUAGAAUGACCGCAAAUCGAGAGCUUUGCCUUGCGGCUCAGCUCCUUCUUCACCACGACAGACCGGUACAGCGACCGCAUUACUGCAGAAGCUGCACCGAUCCGUCUGUCAAUCUCCCGUUCCAUCCUUCCCUCACUCGUGAACAAGACCCCCAGAUACUUGAACUCCUCCACUUGAGGCAGGAACUCUCCACCUACCUGAAGUGAGCAGGCCACCCUUUUCCGACUGAGAACCAUGGCCUCAGAUUUGGAGGUGCUGAUUCUCAUCCCAGCCGCUUCGCACUCGGCUGCAAACCGUCCCAGUGCAUGCUGAAGGUCCUGGUCUGAGGGGGCCAGCACGACAACAUCAUUCGCAAAGAGCAGAGAUGAAAUCGUGUGGUCCCCAAACCCAAUGCCCUCCGGCCCCUGGCUGCGCCUAGAAAUUCUGUCCAUAAAAAUUAUGAACAGAACCGGCGACAAAGGGCAGCCCUGCCGGAGUCCAACAUGCACCGGAAACAAGUCUGACUUACUGCCGGCAAUGCGAACCAAGCUCCUGCUCCGGUCGUACAGGGACCAGAUAGCCCUUAGCAAAGGGUCCCGAAUCCCAUACUCCCGGAGCACCCUCCACAAGAUGCAGCUAGGGACACAGUCGAAUUAAAGGGGUUGUCCUUUCAAUUUUUUUUAUUUUGUCAUUAUUAUUAUCAUUAUAAAAAAAAAUGACCUCUUAACGAAUCCAAGCUUAUAGUAAAUAAAGAAAACAGAAUUUUUGGAUGAAUUUUUCCCUUAAAGGAAUAGUUCACUUUGGAAUAAAAAGAUUAUGCUAAUUCACUCACCCACGUGCGUGGGUCAUUAAUUCUUCUGUAGAAAACAAAUUGAGGCUUAUGAGGAAAGCUUUAUUUUUAACGUAACUAAUAUUUUUAUAUUUUGUUACACUUAUUGAUUAACUCAUUCGCCGCCAGCCCCUUUAAAAAAAGUGGCCAGUUUACGCCAGCGUUUUUUUUACAUUUUCACCUAACUUUAAUGGCUCACAGUAAAUUUUCUGUAAAGUAUAUAUGGACAAACAAUAUGUCACAUAAGUCUCAGCUUUCAAACAAAAGAAACCAUACUCUUCUAUCUUCAUUUGUUAGUUUUUUUAUCACUUCGUAGAUGUGGGUAGGUUUCUUCAAAAAUGCACCAUUUUGAUUAAACAGCUGAGAUAAUUAACGUUUUUUGUCAAAGAUUCCGCCCAGAUUACACUCAGAAAAAUCAUUAAAAACUGCUAAAACAUAUACGUUCUAGGUUUUGGGAUUCUGUACUUUUUCCCAAAGGUGUGAAAUAGCGCCACCUAAUGUAAAACAGUACUUACACUAAUUGCCGUAAAAACUCUUUGGCGGGGAACCCAUAUUUUUUAAAUGACGAGAUAACUCGUCAAUGGCGGUGAAAGAGUUAAAUACACGAUUUCUCAUAAUAAUAAACAAAAAGAUUUCUGGGCAUCAUUUCGCAGUCCCACCCCCCAGGCCUUACGACCCCUCCUUUGGGAAUCCCUGUGCUCCUGGAUAAGAACCCUGAAAAUCUUUCCUCAUACACUGUUAGAAAAAGAGGUACAAUACAGGUCCAUUUUUGUUCCCUGAGGUACAAACUUUGCAUAUGUACCCUUAAAGGUACAAAAAUGUAUCUUUAAGGUACAAUUGUGCACCUUUAAGGUACAAUUGUGCACCUUCCAUUGUACAUUGUGGGCUUUCCGAGGUGUAAGGUACAUAUUUGUCCCUUACAUAUUUGUACCUUCAUUUUUAUAUGUAAAAUGGCAGGAAUUAGUGGAUGCUGAAAAUGUCAUCUCUCAAUAUAGAAACACAAGUUUACCUAUACCAUCAAACUCAAUAACUCAAUAAUUGUUAAACCAAAUUAACUGUAAAGUUUUGAGAUAUGGCCAAAAUAAAUCAGAAUGUUUUUUUCUUUUGUGUGUGUGUGUGUGUGUGUGUAGUGUCCCUUUGAUUCAUUUUUAAUCAUGUUAAUGAGGAUUAUGUUAUUAUUUAUAUUCACAAACAGUUUUGAAGAAUUUGAUUUUCAAACCCUUUACCCUAUAUAUAUUCGAAUAAAACAGACAAAUAAUUGUUCUAUUGAAAUGAUCUAGCUACAGGCCAGAGCUCGACUCGGCGGAAGCAUAAAUAUUGCAGCGCGGAAGGAUACAUGAGUGAAUCGACAGUGAUUCCAACUGUCAGUCUCUGUCAGUGUCGAUCAAAUUCGGGAAGAUGGCGCUUCAACAUUUAUACACGGAGGAUUUAAUCAUGGAGUUAUUUCAUUUUGGGAUAGAGGUCACUGAAGAGGAGAGAAGUAAAUUCAAAGGUUAAGUAUUUGAAUUUUUAAUCAGUGUUUGUGGUGUUAAUUCAAAGUUGGAAGUUAACUUUUACUGUUAAUGUUAACGCUAGCCAAGUUCACACUCUGUCAACAUUAGCUUGCUAGACUCGACAAUGACGAUUGCCAUUAUUAACGUUAACUAGUUAGUUAAAACAUUAGCAGUAUUAUGUCUCAUAUUGCAAUUCCACAUACUAUUAUUAUAAGUACUAUCUUAGCUACAGUUCACCAUCGAGCUAACGUCAACGUUAGCUAUAAAACAACUGCGUCAGAGUUGGAUGUGAAGCGUUUUUGCCGCCGAAAAGUAUUUUGUUCUGACUUAACUUUAGCUAGCUGGACUGCGUCAGAGGAGAACGAUGGAUAAAAAAACGUUUUUGCCGCCCAACAGUUUUGUUCUGAAAUUCAUUAUUUUUUAAAAGUCUUUAUUUUCUCGACAAACUGUCUUUAGACCAUCUUCGUAAAACCAUGUAAGACUAUCGUUAAAUUACAACAUCAGGUUAACUGACAGAACCGACCAACGGUUAACCUCCCUUUCGAGUAUCAAUAACGUAACAUUACUAACGUUAGCUGCUGUUUUAAAAAUAAACCGAUUACUAUCAUUAAUGGUUUUAACUUAUUUCAAUACCUUCCCCGCUGUCCUGGAAAAAAAAUAAGAUAGGCCUCACGUUACAUUAUAUUAAUAUUCAGGGCUGUGUGUGAGAGAGAGAGACGAAUUUCUAGCGUCUCUAAUGAGGUAACGUUAGCUACGCCUAAAUACUUUCAAUGUGUUUUUAUAUGGAUAUUAGGGCUUCUCAAAGUCCGGACCAAACGGCAAGCCCAGACCUCUAGAAAUGAGGGAAAAUACCCAAUGAAUCAAACGAUCAAAACUAUUUUUUCCCCCAUUGACUUACAUUAACGUUACAUUAUGACAUAAUGUGCCUUUUUAAAUUGUUGUAUGCUGUUACCACUAUGGUUGUUAACAUUGCUGUUUUUCUUUUCUCUAUUGUCUAGAUAAUGAAGUUGACGGAGAAGCAGUGGACUUUGGAUUGACUGAGAGGAUGGUUUCAUCCCUCUUCGAAGGUUCGUUUAAGAAGCAAGCAAAAUUCAACCGAUUUGUUCAGCAGUGGAAAGAAACCGUGACACUAACCCUCGAGCCUGUCCCGGUACAUUCAGAGAAGGCUACACCGGAAUCAAGGUACCGGUAACAGUAAUGUUAUGUCAUUGUUAUAACGUUAGGCCUAAGUAGAACCAUGGAAAAUAACUCUAUAUCUCAUAGCAAUAUAAUAUAGCUUUAAGGUUACCACUAAAUAAGUUUUUUAUCUGGAUCUGAAUUCACCUGACUCUGGUAGUUUAAUGAUAAACUACAUUUUCCUGAUGAUACUUGCACACUUUUAAUGAAGUAACGUUUACUCUGCAGGACUUUAACUUGUAUUGUUACUGUGUGGUUAAUUUGGCAACAUUUUAAGAUGAAAAUGUUUUAUUUCAUCAUAGUCAUGCCAUCCCAUCAUCAGCCUUCCCAGCAGCUUUCAUCAUUCCUAAAUUUCCCAGAGGUGUUCAGACAAAGUUGGACCAAAAACCGCCAUGCAAAAUGGAGAGAUCCGAUCACAACAAAAUCAUAAGAACAUUGUAUGAAACCAUGGCCCUGAUCAAAAUGUUUCAGGUUCCAAUGAUGACUACGUGAAAGUGUGUAAGGCCCUGAUUUUGAAAUACCCUUUCUUAAAGGAAAAAGAAGGCAAUGGUUAUGUUAUUCCCUGUAUCUAUUCUCUUAUAUCGUUGUUUUGUUUUUGGAGUGGCAGUAUGAAGUUGUCAGUUGGUCAAUGAAAUGCUUCUUAAAAAUGUAUUAAUUUUUUUUUUUAAUGUUUUUUUCAUAUCAGACAUGACAUCCUAAACAUUGUGGCAUUUUAUUUUGGGAUGUUACAUUGUAUGGUUGUGAGAUGAAUUAUUAUUGAAUCUGUGAAUUAAACUGUUUUCCAUAUAUGGACUAAAAUAAAUGUCUAAAAUUCAGUUAGUUGUUGUUUGCCUACAUUUUCUUUCACUCCUUAAGGAAUAAAAAGGAACUUUUUGCCACCUAAAGGUACAAAAUGGCUUUGUCACUGGGGCGGUACCUCAAUGGGACAAAAUUGACCCUUUUUCCAGAGGUACUUUAUUGUACCUUUGUCUAAGGUACAUUAUUGAUCCUCAAAGGUACCUCUUAGAAGGUACAAACAAGUAAGGUACAAUUUUGCUCCCCUGACUCAAGGUACAAUAAUGUACCUUUGAGGGUACCACCCCAGUGACAAGCUUUCGUUCCUUAAAGGUACCGUUUUGUACUUUUUUUUCUGAGAGUGUAAGCCUGCUCAGAAGAAUUAAAGACACAGACGUGGAUGAGUGAAUCAUCAUGAAAUUUAGAUUUUAAAGUUAAGCACCACCUGCAGAUCUCCACAAUACAAACCAAGUAGACUGCGCAUACGUCAUCAGGGCAGUACGGUACUUUUUUUUAAAGUGUUGUACAACAGUUGUUGCAAGUGUAUGUCUGUUAUCAUCUUUAAAAACCACAUGUGCAGGUCAUCACAUAAAUAGAUAGGUAACUGAAAAAGGACAUUAACGUUAUACACAUGGAUAAAUUAGGGCCAUAUCAUUUUUGUCUUUACCAAAUUAGUUUUUUCCUUUACAUUUUUUUUCUUUAUACAGAGUAAUUAUAUAUAUUUUCAAUGUUUUACUACAAAAUAGUAAAUACAUUUGUCCAUAAAAAUACUUUAUACUAUAGUAUUUACGACAUUAAACUGCAGUAAAAUUCUUGUGAACUAUUGUUUAUUUGAACCAUACUAUAGUUAAUAUUAAAGCAUACUAUAGCGUUUACUAAGUAAAAAUUUUUAUCAUCUGAUUCAAAUAAAGAGGACUUUUAUUUUGGCUGGUUGUCACAAAGACACUUGAGCUUCAGUGUGUUUGACAUUAGCUUCACUCAAACAGUGAAAUGCUCGUAAAAUAAACUCAGAACAACUCUGUGGAUGUAGUUCAUGUGUUCAUAUCCUUGUAUAGUAAGAUACAGACAAAUCCAAGAGUUUCAGGCUUGUAAUAUGUUGAAGUGUGCAACUCAUUUACUCAUAGACACGAAGAACAAGCAGAUGGCAUAUUUAAAUAUAAAAAUUCCGGUUUCAUGAUUCCUUCCAUGUUUUUCCACAUCGCACAGAUCAUAGGGCUCUAGAUCAAUGGACUCGAUGCAGCCAGAAUUUAAUUGCAAAAACAGUUUUAAUCGCAAAAACUAAAUAAAAACAUAUCGCUUGUUGCUUCCUGAACUCACUGUAGUCGCUUUGGAUAAAAGCAUCUGCUAAAUGACUAAAUGUAAAUACUAAAAUAAAUAGUGGUGCGUCCAUAGAUAUAAAUAAGUAUAUGCUGCAUUAGGGCUUUUUUACUAGGAGCACUUUAGCCCCUGACUGAAAUUUUUAGGAGCUAAAGGGUUAAAGUUAAAGGGCACACCUUAAAUCAGUCAGCAAUGCAUUUAUUCACAUUUCCCCCAAAAUAACUAUUGCUGAUACUGAAAAAAUGUGGAUGACAGCAGAUUUGGUUAUGCUUAUUUAAAAAGAGGCAAUACAGAGCAGUUUUGUUAUUGAUUGGUGCUAAAUAGAGAGACUGUAAUCAGAAUUAAUUUGAACCAACAGAAAUUGUGCUUCUUCAGAAGUAUGUAAUUUAAUUGUUAAUAGUGUUACGCAUUUAAGCAAAAUGGAAGGCUUUGUGUUAUGUUCUUACGAUGAUUUUAUUGUGUAUUAAGGACACUUUUCAUCAUGUUCACCACAUGUAACAUCAAAUAAACUUAGCAAAACAUUCACCUGUCGUUCGUUCUUGCUGUAAACGGAUUUGGAAUAAUGCAGCGAUGUCUCAAGUAGGGAUGCACCGAAAGGAAAAUUCUUGGCCGAAACCGAAAAGGAGGAAACCAAGGCCGAAAGCCGAAAACCGAAACACCGAAAAAAAUUUGGCCAAUUAUUAGUACCCUUGCAUUUAUGGCUACUACUGUGUACUAACUUUACUAAAAUCAAGGCAUUGCAAUUGCAUAAAUAUUAAAGUUUCAAAGAAUAAAUCAAUUACAAAUUAUGCAAAUAUUUAUUUAGCACAUUGCAACAAUGCACAGUAUAAAAUAAAAUUCAACUAAGAUGUUUAACUUGACCCCACUCAUGUGUAUAUUAAAUAAUAAUGUACAGGGUACUGGCCUGCUGAAAAGUUGUACAAUUAAAUGUUCUCUCAUGAAAACAAAGUGCAUUUAUGUCAAGUGCAUUUAAAAUUUUUCUCUGUAGGACUACUACAAGAAAGUCUAUUCAGAACAAGUGCAACUGCUUAAGAUACAACAAUAUUUUCUCUGUAGGCUUUCAACAUAAUAGUGUAUCCAAACAAAGACUCCCACACCCCAUAUGUUAACUGUAGAACUUUAACAACAACAAAUGCACCAAGAAUUGCAGUUGUGCAAAGUUGAUAAUAAGUAGCGUAAGAAUAGAAUAACCAAUUUAUUCUGUCAUCUGAAGCGCUAUGAUGUUCAGGAACGGAAUUUGGAGAAAAACGUGUUUAAAGUUAAGUUAUGAAAAUAAACGCCCAACAGUCCAAUAUCACAAGUAAAAAUCACUUUACAGUGGUAAGAGACUUACUCUAAUAACAAUUUAGUAAAAAAAACAUUUCAUAGUGUUGAGGUCUAUAAAAAUACUGUAAAAAACCGUUGGAAUAAAACGAAAGUAAGGAAAAUGGUGCAGCGCACCCUUAAAGAACGAGAGCUCUGCCAUUAUCACUACACAAGGAAAGUGACAAACAUUACGGACAUCAACUAAUAAGCUUGGGAAGCAAGUUUUAAGUUGUUUAUCAUGCGCAUAGUGUCUGGACUUUUGAUCAUCUCUUGUAUAUUUUGCGAUCGCGGUCCGGCUCGCGUGAGCAGCAGAGCGGGCAUAACUCCUGGUGCCGUAGACUGAGAGCUCUGUCAUCUCACGAAAACAUUGUAUAAAAAUUUUUGCAUGCCAUAGUUUACACAGGACUGGCGGGAAAUGUGCAUUAAUACUUCUUCAUUCUUCAUGUUAUGUGGUUUACUUUGAUAGGUGAACUGUCCUUCCCGCGUCCCAGCGCUACACCCGACGGGUUUUCACAAAUCACAUCACAUGUCUAGUCAGUACAAAUGACAACGACACGCAGAUCGCUUCGCGACCAUAUCCCGCUGAAGGGAAACGGGUGUUUACAAAUUGCCCUCAUUGUAAUCUGCCAGAAUGACGGCGUCACUGGUAAAAAAAAUCUGUCAAUGACAAAGAAUUUUUGGGAUCACGCGACCUCUGGUUCACACACGUAAAGGAAUAUUGGUCCCACUCUAGAGCCCUGAGGUUGCAUGCAGUUUAGGAGACGCUUUAGUGCUGCGAUUAAAAGAAUAACGUCCGCUACAGAUGCAUCAAAGGAGCGGUAUCUGUUUGUGUCAUCACAACAUUUCGGCUGUAUUGUUUCGGUGAUAAAAGUCUUUCGGCCGAAAACUGAAAAUGCACUUUUGGGCCAUUUUCGGCCGAAUAUUUUCGGUGGCCGAAUAUUCGGUGCAUCCCUAGUCUCAAGUAAUCCACAGAUAAAUGACGUCUCCCGAACUCCUCCGUGGUUAAUUUCGUUAUAAACAUCUCUUAUAUCAAAUCGUUCGUCCGUGGGCUCAAGAAAUCAGUAACAGCAACCGGUAGUAAUGCGCUCACGUUGUGUGUGUGUGUAAACAUGUCAAUGAGGAUAUGGAUUGUGCGCGUCCACGGGAAACAUCAGUGACAUGUGAGUGACCCACGCACUGACGUGGUGUUGACUAUCACUUACAGCCUGGACUGGUGGCAGGCUGGCGUUUCUUCUUUCCACAUUAAAUAAAAACUAGAAGAAAUUCCAAAUUUGAAGGUCGCAAAUGCACGAGUACAUGUAAAAAAUGCUUGAGUUGUCUUGAAAACUGGUCGCAGUCUGGAGCCCUGUGGGUGUGCCAUUAGUUAACCUCACAUACAAAUAAGCACAACGACAAACAAACUUCACACAAACAAGCGGCUUUAUCUAAUGUAAUUGCCAAACUGUACAUUACCUAACUAGCUAACGCUAAUAUUUUUUAAAAACAACAUUCAAAUUAUUGCAAAAAACAAGCAAAUCGCUACACAGGACCUCAAUAAAUCACCAGGAGCCGCAGGGAUUAUGUUUGUGUUGGAUAUGUGCCUUUAGAACUCUUGAAGGCAUGUCAGCCAUUCACAGGGCUCGACAUUAACGCUUGUCUGGGACAAGUGAAUGAUUUGUAUGGGAAAGUGAGAGUAUUUUACUUGCCCGACCGGACAAGUAACUUCAAGCGUCUUCCUGUAGACUCGUCAAAAUAAAAGUCUUGUUAAAUUGAACACUCACUGUAGUGUACUAUAGUAUUUGCUAUUGGAAAUUGUAGUGCACUUGUAGUAAAUUGAUAAACACUGUAUACUAUAGUAAACUGCAGUAAAAUUCUGAGAUACUAUAGUGUUUCUGAUUUUUACUAUAGUAAAUACUAUAGUACACUACAGUUAUUUAUGAGGACAAAUAUACCACUAAUGUAUAAUAAAAAAUAAAAAACACUUUUUAGGGAAACUAAAACUGAUAUGGCCCUAAUUUAUCCAUCUGUAUGUAACAUUAAUGUCUUUUGUCAGUUACCUGCCUAUUCAUGAUGAACUGCACUUUUAAUGACUUUUAAUGUAUUUUUUUAAUGAUGACAACAGACGAUUUAUACUUGUGCUCCUACUGUUUGGCCUGUGCUUUCAAACUUUAAACCUCUUUACUGCAGUGCUGAUGAUGAUAAAACAAACGGUUUGAUUAUUGACAAACAAAUUGGUUAUUGACUGUGAGAAUCUGGAUUUCGUCCUGUCCUCCACAAAUACUGCAUCUGUGUUUAUUCCAAUAUUCAUCAUAUGUAUUCUUAUUAUUCACUUCUAUUCAUAAUAUUUGCUCCUUACUUUCUUGUUGUUUAACCUCGUUGAAAGUUGUAUUAUGUCUUAUGCUGUCUUAUGUUGAUAUAUGCAUCUGUUGUUCUCCAUAUCAAGGUUCCUAAUGAUGCCUAUGGACGAUUGUUCUGUUAUUGUAAUAUUAAAUAUGUAAUCAUAUCUGAUUGUUCAGGAGGAAAGACUAAACAGAAAGUCUGGUGAAUCUUCUACCAAAGAUGCGUUUCUCGAUAAUCUGACUGAAUUGUCUAAAAAUAAAAACGUUGACGAUUUUGACACUACUAUUGAAAAUUUUAACUCUACUUUCUCGGAAAUAUUAGACACAGUUGCUCCUCUGCGUUUAAAGAAAAUUAAAAAUAGCAGCCCAACACCGUGGUAUAAUGAACACACUCAGACUCUAAAAAAAGCAUCCCGUAAAAUGGAGCGCAACUUUAAGAAAACGAAUUUAGAGGUAUUUCGUAUAGCAUGGAAGGAUAGUACUCGAAAUUACAGGAAUGCCAUAAAAACGUCUAGAUCCGCCUACUUUUCAACACUAAUAGAGGAAAACCAUCACAACCCUAGGUUUUUAUUUAACACCGUGGCUAAAUUAACCAAAAAUAAGUCGUCAUCGACGUCAGAUUCUGAUUAUCAGCAUAACAGUGAUGAAUUUAUGAACUACUUCACGAGUAAAAUCCAAGAUAUAAGAGAAAAAAUUAUAACAAUGCAACCUGUAGGGAAAUUCGCUGAACAAACUAACUACAGCACCCCUAAGAAGAAAUUGCAAUUAUUUUCUACAGUAGAUCACGAUGAACUGUCUAAAAUCAUUAGAUCAUCCAAAUCAACAACAUGCAUGCUAGACCCUAUACCUACAAAACUACUGAAAGAAAUGCUCCCAGAAAUUAUAGAUCCUCUUCUCAGUAUUAUUAACUCAUCUCUGACAUUAGGACAUGUGCCUAAAGCAUUUAAGGUGGCUGUUAUAAGGCCUCUUUUAAAAAAAACUCGACCCUAAAGAACUAGGGAAUUACAGGCCUAUAUCGAAUUUACGUUUUAUAUCUAAAGUUCUGGAAAAAGUAGUUUCAACUCAAUUAUGCUCCUUCCUCCAAAGGAAUGACAUUAAUGAUGAAUUCCAGUCUGGAUUUCGAGCAUGUCACAGUACAGAGACUGCUUUGAUAAGAGUUACAAAUGAUCUGCUUUUAGCAUCUGACCGUGGCUGUAUUUCGUUAUUGGUGCUGCUAGACCUCAGUGCUGCAUUUGACACCAUUGACCACAGCAUACUUCUACAUAGACUCGAAAAUUACGUCGGCAUUAACGGAAUAGCAUUGAAAUGGUUUAAGUCUUAUUUAUCCGACCAUUUUCAAUUUGUAGCAAUAAACAAUGAGGUGUCCCGCAAAUCACAAGUCCAGUACGGUGUACCACAGGGCUCAGUCUUGGGACCCCUGCUCUUCGCAUUAUACAUGCUACCUCUAGGAGAUAUAAUAAAGCGACACGGAAUUAGCUUUCACUGUUAUGCUGAUGAUACUCAACUUUAUAUUUCCUCGAUGCCUCAUGAAACCCAGCAGUUUCAUCGAAUAAAGGAUUGCAUAGUUGACUUAAAAAUGUGGAUGAGUAACAAUUUUUUACUACUAAACUCGGACAAAACAGAAGUGUUACUUACUGGACCGAAAACUGCUAUGCGUAACAACCAAGAAUACUGCUUAACGAUUGACGGAUGCUCCAUAAAAUCCUCGUCAUCAGCUAAGAAUCUUGGCGUUGUAUUCGACAGUACUCUCUCAUUUGAAAGCCAUGUCGCAAACACCUGUAAAAUUGCAUUUUUCCAUUUUAAGAAUAUAUCUAAAUUACGUCAUAUGCUGUCACUGUCAGAUGCAGAGAAAUUAAUUCAUGCAUUCAUGACAUCAAGACUAGAUUACUGUAAUGCACUUCUAGGUGGUUGCCCUGCGGGCCUAUUACAAAAACUGCAACUGGUUCAAAACGCGGCAGCUCGAGUUCUUGCUCGUACAAAAAAGUAUGAGCAUAUAACCCCGGUUCUGUCAACCUUGCACUGGUUACCUAUAAAGCAUCGCAUUAACUUUAAGAUCUUGCUUAUUACCUAUAAAGCCCUACAUGGUCUAGCGCCGCAGUAUUUGAAUGAACUUCUAUUGUAUUACAGACCUCCACGUACAUUACGCUCUAAGGGGUCCUGUCAGUUGGUAAUACCUAGAAUUUCAAAAUCAAGUGCAGGUGGUAGAUCCUUUUCUUAUCUAGCGCCUAAACUUUGGAAUAUUCUUCCCAGCACGGUCCGGGAGACAGACACACUCUGUCAGUUUAAAUCUAGACUAAAGACUCAUCUUUUUAAUCUUGCAUACACUAUACCUCCAUAAUAUUAAUCCUCAGAGGAUUUAGGCUGCAUUAUUUAGAUCAACCGGAACCAGGAACACAUCCAACAACAAAUGAUGUACUUGUUGCAUCAAAGAGUGCAGAACAGUACUCUACUCUCAGCCAGUCUUGUCUCUUUGUUCCAAGGUUACCGCAGGAUGCAGUUCAUGCCCAGACCUGAUGGCAGAGCUGAGAAUGGGAAGCGGUGACCUGACAAGUGCUAAGAGGAUAGAGCUGGAUAAAGGACGCGACAACUUUGUUUUUCCUACAACAUUUCAAAUGCUAUUAGAUUGUUAAUGAUAAUCUUUAAUCCUUAAUUUUUAUAUUUUUACUAAGCCUUGUUGUGCAAGCACUGUUGAGCUUGUGCAGAGGCAGCAGCUUUUGCCAGAGGGGAACUGGAAUCCCCUGGUUGGGCCUGGGUUCCCCUGAGGUUUUUUUUUCUCGAUGGGAGUUUUGGGUUCCUCACCACCGUUUGCAUAUUGUUUUGCACUAUCUGCCUGGCCGGGGGGCUGCUUUAGAAUUCAUACUUGUAUUAAAUGUGUCUCAUGUACAGCUGCUUUGUAACAAUGAAAAUUGUAAAAAGCGCUAUAUAAAUAAAGUUGAGUUGAGUUGAGUUAAUACAAUAAACUUUGGACUCUGAUUGAACAAGCACCUGGUGUCUGUGUCAAACUUUGUCUCCAGAUCUGCAAACUCUGUGUGUUCCGUCGACUAGACUCUUCAACCGUAGAAUAUUGUUAGACAAGGGGACGUAAGAAGUUUACAUUCUUUCAUUGACUCUGAAUCAGGCAAACGAGACGUGACCCAGUCCGAGUCUCUAACCACCGCAUAUCUACGUCACUAGAAAUAGUCCCCGCCUAUGUUUUGCUGGGACUGCCGUGAAAACUUCACUCUCCUUCCCAAACACUGUUGCUCGUUUGUGAUGAGUGUGCAUCAUGUCUAGAACCUGUGUUCUACGUUGUGAAACUAAGUCCGUCUUAUUUAAACUACCAAAGGAAGAACUUCUGAGAAAACAAUGGUUACAAUUUAUUUUUCAAACAACAACAGAGGAGUAUAACCCCAGGGUUUUACUGUGUGCAUGUCAUUUCACCAAAGAUUGCUUCAAUAAACUUGGCACAUUCACUGCAGGAUAUGUUAAACGACUAUCCUUGAAAGAGGGGUGAAUACCGACCUAAUUUGGACCUGUUGUCCACUGAAUCACAACCUGUAAGUGUGACUAUUUAUUUUUGUCUGAACUUCAAGAAAUAUUUAUGUACCUUAUGUCUUUGUUUAGCUAAUGCAUAUAACGCUAAAAUUAACAUGUACUGUUAUUUCUGGGGUAUUACAGUUUGCUUAUCUACCUAUGAAAUCGCCUUCUUUAAGUGUGUAACAUCUUCAAGGAAUGGGAAGGAGGCGGGAACCGGUCAACAUUUAACAAACUUUUUAAUAAAAUAAAUAAACCACAAAACAAAUGUAAAAUGUUGGCAGCUUCCUCAUGGUUGUCUGACGGCCACACAAACAUAAUAAACCAAAAUGUAAAACUACCACAGUUUCACGGUAUUUCUAUUACAUAUCUACAAUCUUCUUCUUAAUUAAAUUAAAAUAAUUGCAGUCUGUUAAGUGAGACUUAACCUGCAGCUCAACAAUUAAAACAUUUUCUGUAAAAAAGCAGUCAUCAACCUGCAGCUGAACAAUGUUUUGGAGACAUGCUCACUUUCUACACAUUUAUUUUUCGGUCGAAGUUAUAAUGCAGGAACCUAAGCAUGUUCACCUAGUUCAAACUAGUUAAUGUUGGGCUACUUGAUUAGCCAUGUUAUUUGCCUCAGUAGAUAGCCAAAUAGUAUAUAUUCUGACUUGACUUGUAUUUUUAAGCUGCUGGUAUCUGUUUUACAUUCUAAUCAUAUGGAGUAAAUGUCCUGACAGCUUUUUUAAACAUUAGCUCCUGUAUCAUUUUCUGCAGGGUCAGAGCAUCUGUUGAGGUGGAAAAAAAUAUUCAACUUUUCUGGAAAUAACGCUCUUUGACAGAGACCUGUCGUUUCCAUAAAACAUGUGUGGAACGUGAUUGGUCGAGAAGGUCCAAGCACAAAAUAAUUUAAUGGCGGCAGAAACGCCCAUUGGAGCAUAGUUUUCUAUACAUACUUCGUUUAAUUUCCACUUUCAACAACUUUUGAAUGCAUUUCUAGUGAACAAUUUGUAUUGUAGUUUUUAAAUAUUUGAGUUAUUGCAAAGAUGCUCUCUGUUUAUAAUUCAAAUAGACUUCCGUAACGCAGCAUAUCUGUUUAUCUGGGUGCAGUGCAGUGUAGUCCAAACAUUACACAUUUAAGUAUUGAACAGUAAAAAUUCUAGUACUAGUACUGCAUAAAUGGUAGUAAUAAUGCCACUUCAUAACUGCAACUGAGAUUGACAAUUAACAUUUAUUAAAAAGUUGAAUGCAAAGUCGAGGUUUGCCAAGAAAAAAUAGCUCCCGUCUAUCAAUUUUUAUAAAUAAUAAAAAGGUCUAAAUAAACUAGCACAGGUUUUUAUUCCUCUGUUGAAAAAAAGAAUAUGCUGGUAGUUAGGUUUUGAGGCAUGGUAGCUGGAAAAGAUGGUCAUUUGCUGGUUUAACCCAUGUAUGGUGUUCGGGUCUGUGGGACCCAUUUUUUUUUUUUAUCACAAUUAAUAAUUUUUUCAAAUUCAAACUCAUUGGCCUUGGCUAAUUUUUUAAGUAAGUGUGAGUUUUUCUGUUUCUGCCCCCGCCGUUCUCGCAAAAAACAAGGAGCACCUCCAUUCAUAAAUGUGAUCUGACAAAGGUAGAGGGCAAAUACUGUAUUAACUAUAUAUGCUGUCUAUAUUGCUUGUUAUUGGGAUGAAAUAAACAUAUUUUGAUUAUUUUAAUAUUAAGUGUUUGAUUGUGUUGAAUUAAAAACCCAAAACUGCAGGUCCACUAGAACCACCAACACUGUCUGAGCAACAAAAAUAUGAACACCACACAUUGGUUAAAGUUAUAGCUUGUAGAAGUCGGCGCUAGAGGGCACACAAUCAAAACAACAAGAAUCGCGUAGCUUGAGACACUUCGUAGAAGUGUGGAAGGAUGGGAUAUGUUGUCUUCAACUCCACCACUGAUGGUACCGCUGAUAAAUCAAUCAGACAGGAACGAGAAAUUAUGUUAGCGGAAGAGGUAAAGUAAUAAACUUUUAUAAAUGUUGCGCUUGAUGAAAUUAAAGUAAUGUUAGGUUUAAAAUAGGGAUGCACCGAAUAUUCGCCCACCGAAAAAGGCUAAACGGCCCCUAAGACUUAUCAACGAAACAAUGCGGCCGAAAUGUUGUGAAGACGCAAACAGAAACCGCGACCUGCACGUACUUGUCUGAAGCGACAAGUCUGCGGUGUGGACGUAUUUUAGUAAAUCUCGUAAAUACUCUUAUAGAGUGUUCACACCAAACGCUGUAAAUCGUGCUAUUCGCGUGCAGUUCGACGCUUGAACAUUUUGAGUUUACUCGCAUCAUUUGCGCGUCAAAUUCGCUUCAUUACAGACGCGAAUUUGCGUCAUGGGAGGGGCUUCUGCCGCGCGCUUACGGCCCUACUAGAGCAAGCUCCUGAUUGGUUAAUGCGGUGCGAAUUUUCGCCAAAGUUCAGAUUUUUCAACUCAUCGCAUCGCAAGAAGGUCAUCGCGAUCCGAGCCGCGAUGUAUGCGGAGAACCCGCGUGCAGACGGAGGAGCGCAAAGCACAGGAGAAGGAGAUCAGAGAGCAGAAAAAAGACUCGUCUCUCUGCACCAGAUGAGGGACAUGCAUCCUCGUUGUCUGUUAUGUUCAGUGAAAUCCUGCAAGAAAGUCCCUUAAAUAAUAGGUAGUCUAUUCUGUUCUGAGGCUUCUAUAUGACUAUAAGAUUGUAGCCACAUUUCUGCUAGAUAUUUUUUUAUUUGAUAACAAUGUUAAUUAUGCACUGGCCCUAUUUAAAUACACUAGCUCAAAUCUUUCUAAAAUGUCAGGCAGAUGACUAAACCGCUCAACAGCUCAUCUGUCUGAGGUCCCCAUCCCCAGAAGUGCUGUGCAUUAUU